AUGUUUCAUGGAACCAUCACAAAAGAGCUAACCAGUCAUGAAGAAUGGAGUCACUAUAAUGCAAACAUUAUAGAAGAUCAGAAAGAUUUUGUUUUUGUGAAAUUCAGUGGUCUUCAUUUAAAAUCUAUGGAAAAUUUGCAAUUUUGUAUCUCUCUUAGAGUAUGCAUCUUCUCAAACAAUUUUAUUACGGAUAUUCAUGCACUUCAAAAUUGUAUAAAAUUAGUCAAACUUGAUCUCCAUGGAAAUCAGGUAAAGAUUCUACCAGAUACCAAAUUUUGGAGUGGAUUGAAGAACCUAAAACUUCUCUAUCUUCAUGACAAUGGUUUUGCAAAGUUAAAGAAUGUAUGUAUGUUAUCUGCCUGUCAAAGCCUCAUUGCUCUCACUAUGUUUGAUUGUCCAGUAAGUCUUAUAAAAGGAUAUAGACAUGUUCUCGUCAAUAGUAUAUGGACUCUCAAAGCGCUGGACCAUCAUGUGAUUUCUGAUGAAGAAAUAAUUCAGAACUGGCAUCUUCCUGAAAGAUUCAAAAUGUAUAACCAACGGCUUUUCUUUAAUUUCUCCCCUGCUUUGAAAAAGGGAUCAACCUAUGAAGAUGAAGUUAAUAAUAUCAAACAUGUUAUUUCAAAAAUUAACGAAAUUCUGGCUCAUAAUUCACCAGUUUUAAUUGUUCAAAGAUGGAUACGUGGUUUCCUAGUAAGAAAGCGUUUGAGCUCCUUGUUUCUGUAUAAAAAACAUCAACAAAAAUUUAGUAAUGAAUGUCAAACACAAUGGAUUUACAUACACAAAAGAUAUGAAGAUAUACUCCUUGAAGAUCUAUUUUUUCAGCCUGAAACUAAUAUAACAAGAAAGCUUGCACAUCGGAAACAUAAUAUGAAUUCUCCUGUUGGUUUAGAAAAUUCUAGUGAACAGAAAAAACAUGUUUCCUCUAUUUUAUAUGAAUUACAAACAAAAGAUACUGGCAUAAAAUCAAAACAAUCAAGACAUCUCAUUCAAGUGGGUCAAAAGAAGAAAUCUGAAAUUGAGGAUGAAGAAUUGGAUGCCGGUUUUAGGAUAUCAGUGUUCAAACUACCUAUACGUACUUCAGAUUCAGUAUCGAAAGGCAAAGAACAAGAUUCUUUUCCUACGUAUGCCCAGCCAUGUUUUACCACUCAUCAAAAACCAAUACUUGAAAACAAAGACAUGGCAUUAGAGAAGAAAAUCAGAAGAGAGUUUUUGAUGACACACAGAACCGGUAUAAAACUCCAAACACUUCGUGAUAUUGACAAAUUUUACUCAGAACAAAAGAUGCAAGAAAGCCAUGAAAAAAAAGUAAUGGCUAUUGCCAUAGCAAAAGUUGCCCAAGAAAGAAUUGGUUUAACUGUUCAGGAAACUUUAAAUAAGAAAAAAUAUGCUGCACAAAUUCGAAUGGCAAAAGAUAAGGAGGCAAUUCAGAAUGGUUUACAACAACUUUGUCAGGACAGAUUAAACUACCUUGAAAACGUUAGAAAGAGGAGAGAUUUGUUUUUAGAAGAAAAAAACCAAAAAGCUAAAGACCGUUUAUUAAUUCAAAACUUAAAUAAUGAGCGUACUAUUUUGACCAGAGGAAUAAUUAAAUUUGACAGGUUGAAGAAUAAUGAGGCUAUCUUAAAAGAGAAACAUCAGAUUGUUCGGCAAAAACUGGAACAGGAAAAAUAUCAAAAGGAUUUACUUAAACACAUGAAGGAUUUUAGGGCUCAAGAAACAUGUAAAAGACACAGUGAUGAAAAAUUUGUUAUUGCUAUGAUUGCCUUUCAAAAAGCUUGUGAAAGAUUACAAGAUGCGAAAACAAAAGUUGCAAUUGUGAAAGCAAAUUUAGGCCUUAAAGUUCCCAGUGGAAUAAAGAAAUGA